AGUGCCCACGGAGGUCAGAAGAGGGCGUCGAAUCCCCUGGAACUGGAGUUACAGAUGGUUGUUAGCCGCCAUGUGGGUGCUGGGAUGAGACUGCUGAGCCAUCUCUCCAGCCCCUCGUCGUUUAACGACCCCCAGUUAAACAAGCCAUCAGGAGGAGGCGGGUUAGAGCGCAGCACCCCUGCACCCCUGCGAGGGAAGAUGGCGGGCGGGGCGGACUCAAGUUCACGUCAGCGCGCCACGUCGCCCGCGCAUGCGUGCUGCGCCCGGAAGCACUUUGGCUUGCGGCCGCGACCCGGAAGCAGAGCUGGAGUCGGGGAGGCGGCUGGAGCGACUCUGAGGAAGAGAGAGCGUCUUCUGGGCAUGGCGGGCACGGCGCUCAAGAGGCUGAUGGCCGAGUACAAGCAGUUAACACUGAACCCUCCGGAAGGAAUUGUGGCAGGCCCCAUGAAUGAAGAGAAUUUUUUUGAAUGGGAGGCAUUGAUCAUGGGCCCUGAGGACACCUGCUUUGAGUUUGGUGUUUUUCCUGCCAUCCUGAGCUUCCCACUUGACUACCCACUGAGUCCUCCGAAGAUGAGAUUCACCUGUGAGAUGUUCCAUCCUAACAUCUACCCCGACGGGAGAGUCUGCAUCUCCAUCCUUCACGCACCAGGCGAUGAUCCCAUGGGCUACGAGAGCAGUGCUGAGCGGUGGAGCCCUGUGCAGAGUGUAGAGAAGAUCUUGCUGUCGGUGGUGAGCAUGUUGGCAGAACCCAACGACGAAAGUGGAGCGAAUGUGGACGCUUCGAAAAUGUGGCGGGACGACCGGGAGCAGUUCUACAAGAUUGCCAAGCAGAUUGUACAGAAGUCUCUGGGGCUCUGAGGCCACGCCCCAUCAUGUACUCUGAGAGUCCAGUGCUGUCCUGAGCACUUAGCAUGCUGACACCAACACAGGCAGCCUGCAGAGCCACAGUGCUAUCGUUCCUUCCUUUCCACCCCGGGCAGGCUGCUCCCCUGAGAUCAUGACUGGAAUAACAACAGCUGUGUGCUUUAGGGACUCCUGCUGCGCCUCAGGGAGGGCUCCAGGCUGUCCUCACUACCUCUCCUAGCCACGGUGGGGUCCUCGGCUCUGCUCCUUCCUGCAGUGCUGAGGACCGGCUACAGCCAGCUGUUCAGGAUGGAGGGCUACCAAUGCUCCUGAAGACAUGAGGCCUUGCCAGAAGCAGUGUGGGCCCAGUGUCCACACCUCCCAGUUCCCAUGUGCCCCUUGAGGCUCUGAACUGCUCUUCUCACUUUGUACUUUGCAAACUGAGGCUUUCCUCAGCUUAGAAUUCUUCAGGAGAUGCUUUCAAAUGGGCUCGGGAGAAAUAGGGACCUGAGUCACCAAGACCGCUGCUUUUCCUGCUGGCAUUUAGGGAUCUGUGCCCUGUCUGCAUUGCUGGUGCCACUAGAGCAGGUGGGGACCGUUGUAGUUUUAAUGCUGGUCUCACCUGAGGCCUGUAGGCUCUUCUCGAAGGCUGGGAGACCACGGUCUGUGUGCCCAUUAGUCACACCAGGUUUAGCUUUUGGCUCAAGAUCCUUCACUAUUGAGGCUGGAAGGGAAUCUGCUACUAGGUGCUCAGAAUUGAGGUAUAUAUCCUCAACUGGACUCAGGCUGGGAAGUGGAUGCAGGGCAGGCCGCAGGUGGAAGAUCUUUAAUAGCAGACCACGUGGAGCAGGAAUGCCUGGAGCAGACCCCACAAGCAAUAACAGAUCUUACUGAGCAGCCCAGAGCUUGGCCUCUCCCAAACAGUUUGCAUUUAAAUGGGAGUUUCUAUUCCUCUGGAGGGUGUGCAGCAGGUCUCACUAAACGGCCCCCAUUUCUUCCCCUUGUGUCGGUGGCCAGUGCCCUGCACGGUUCGUGGUGUUGAUAGUUUCGGCUCUGGGGUUCCAGUUGGGUGUCAGGGGAAACCACGUGCACUCCUUUACCCCAGGGCGUCAUUUUCCUGAUGAAGUGUGGCAGGAGACGGGUUGUACCGAAGUAUUUGUGGGCACCCCUGAGGCGACCCCCUUUAGAGUGAAAAGUGGUCUGUGUGGGUAGUUGGCCACACAGAGCUGGCCACAGGAUACUGUCACCCCUGGGCUUCCCUGGCAGGUAGGGAAGGGAGGGAGAGGCAGUCCUACAAAACAAAGUAUUUUUAUUCAUUUGUAUUUAUUAAGUGAGAAAGAGAAUCCUAUGGUGCCUCGCUGCGGUGAAGUUUGCUGUUAGUAAAGUUGCAUACCCUCUCCUGUG